AUCUGGAUCCCAGUACGACUAGCAUACAGUCCAGCGUCCUCUCCUACGGAAACCACGGCCUCCUUAAGUUUUGGAAAGAAAGCAAGAAAAGAAAGGAAGAAAGAAGAAAAACACCUUCCCGGCAACUUUCUACCGUCUACUCUCCUCCCGUGGUUUAUACUGUCGUCGAAGCUGUGAAGCAGUGGUGUGAUUCAGAGAUUCUUGCCUGUAGUUUUAAAAACUUUUUACAUGUUUUAAAUUUGUUGUUCUGUCGCUUCUUCGUGUUUUUGCGAUUGAGUCUGGGACUCGAUACAUACCCGAGCUUUUAAACGGACGACGUUAGAGCCGUGUCUAAAGUGUUUUUCGGUGUUUUUUCCUCGCUCGAAGUAGUUUCAGAGGUGGCCUCAGAGCUGCUGUGAAUUAAGUAUCUGUUGAGCUGAAGAAAUCAGCGCGUCUCCAUGAGGAAACUCAGCGUGGGAGUCGGUGAAACUUUGUCCUAGCUUACGCACACCUGAGCGAUUACAGUGUUUCUCUUUUUUGCUUUUUGUGCUGGUAAUUUUGUAGUUUUUUUGUUUGUUUUUUUAACUGACACAAAAUGAAGACGCUGUUGGUGCUGUGUGUAGUCUGCACGCUGGUUGUGUUGUCUGUGUCGGGGUCUGCGGAGCAAAAGUUGAAGAACUGUAAUGAAGUUCGUGCUGCUUACAGCUCCAAAGGCUUCAACGUUAACGACGUCCCCAACAAAGGAGUCAACGGAGCCCCUCUGAAAGUGUGUCCGCAGGGUUUCUCCUGCUGCACGGUGGAGAUGGAGGAGAAGCUGAGCCAGCAGAGCCACUCAGACAUGAAAGCUCCCGUCUCCAGGCUUAGCACCAACCUACAAUCCACCUUCAAACAGAAGCAUGACCACUUUGACAAGUUUUUCCGUGAGCUUCUGAAAAAUGCAGAGCUCUCGCUACACAACAUGUUUGUGCGAACAUACGGGAUGAUGUACAUGCAGAACGCAGAGCUGUUCAAGAACUUUUUCGAGGCCCUGACUCGGUACUACGUGUCUGGCAGCGCCGCCGUCAACCUGGACUCCAUGCUGUCGGACUUCUGGGCCGACCUCCUGGAGAGGAUGUUCCGGCUAGUGAACGUACAGUACGAAUUCAGCGACGCCUAUAUGGAGUGCGUCAGCCAGCACACGGAGCAGCUGCAGCCGUUUGGUGAUGUGCCUCGCAAGCUCCGCAUCCAGCUGACGCGGGCCUUCGUCGCCGCACGCACAUUUGUGCGCGGCCUGGCACUCAUGCCAGAGGUGGUCAACAAGGUUUCUACGGUCAGCGCGUCUCCCAGCUGUGUGCGAGCGGUCAUGAAGAUGAUGUACUGUCCCUACUGCUCGGGCCAAGUGGCCCUGAAACCAUGCCAGAAUUACUGUCUGAAUGUGAUGCGCGGGUGUUUGGCCAACCAGGCAGACUUGGACACAGAAUGGAACAACUUCCUCGAUGCCAUGCUUAGUCUGGCUGAGAGACUCGAAGGACCCUUUAAUUUUGAGUCCGUCAUGGAUCCCAUUGAUGUGAAGAUCUCCGAGGCCAUCAUGAACAUGCAGGAGAACAGUAUGCAAGUGUCACAGAAAGUUUUCCAGGGUUGUGGGCAGCCUAAACCAAGCGUGGCUUUCCGUUCCAAGCGUUCUGUUAAAGAAACAGGCUUCACCGGCCGCUUCCGCCCCUACAGCCCUGACGCUAGGCCCACCACCGCUGCUGGGACCAGUUUAGAUCGACUGACAAAUGAUGUGAAGAAGAAGCUGAAACAUGCAAAGAAGUUCUGGUCCACAUUGCCAGAGACUGUGUGUGCAGGUGAGAGGAUUGCACCUGGAGACGAGUGCUGGAAUGGAACAGCAAAAAGCAGGUACGAGUCAGUUGUCAUUGGCAAUGGACUGGCAAAUCAGGUAUCAAACCCUGACGUGGAUGUGGACAUAACGAAGCCAGACAUUGUGAUUCGCAGUCAAAUUGCAGUUUUGAAGGAAAUGACGAGCAGGCUUAAAGCUGCGCACAGUGGCAAUGACAUCUCUGUUGAAACCGAUGACUUUGGCAGUGGAGAAGAGGAGAGCGGCAGCGGUUGCGAGCCUCCAUCCUGCGACACAGACAUCUACUUCUCCACGCCACCGAACCCCGGCAAGCCUCGGGUCAAUCAAGUGGUGGUGGGCAGAAGUCCGCUGGCCUCACAGGGAAGCGUGGCGCUGGCGCUCUGUGGGCUGGCCCUUGCCCUGCUCGCUCCCCACUUGCGAUAAAACUGGCUGGGCAGGGAGAGGACCAGAACGACCAGAAAUGACGGAACGAAGGGGAAAACUGUCAGAGAGACUUUAAAAAGACUGCCUUCAGGACCUUGGACUGUCCGCCAUUGGGGGGAAGACUCUUCUUAAUAUUAUGAUAACUUCACAUUUAAUUAUUUGUUUGUAUGUUUUUAAGGACAUCAGUGUACAGCAAUAUGAUUUUCUUCCCAAGAAAUCCACCUUUUUUCCCCUUUUCCCCAGAUAAACCUUUACUCCUUAUGGCUCUUUUGGAGCUUCACUAUGGUUCUGCUUGCAGCAUUACAAAUAUUAUAUAAUUGUCUUAUUUUGGCAAUUUAAUCGCAUAAUUCAUUUGUGUGCCUUCUUCAGUAAUUGCCAUCUGAUAACAAAAUAGUAAGCAAGAAUAUUGGUUGAACAUUGCGUGCCUGUGAUGAGACAUAUCUUCAUAUUUCUGAGGACGUUCUGUCUUUCUGUUAUUCAGAGAUCAACAAAUAAUGUACUGUUGUUAUGGACGUUAACAUUUCAUAACAUUUUGCACAUCAUCAAAUGUGCAUAUUGUGAAUGUUUUUGUUUGUGCAUUUCUACAUUCAUGUACAUCAGAAAUGGUGAAGCUACCUGUUGAUCUCCACUACUGAAUAGUUUGAGUUUUAGUUCAGUCUUCUUUGGAGAGACAUUAAAGACUCUUUUCAGAGCUGCUGAGCGGCAGCUUAUCUCUCAGAAAUCCAGAGAGAGAAGUUACAGCACAGGUAUUUAUGUUUCACCUGCAGAUGGGAUCAGUCUUUAGAGGAGCUUUUAGGGCGCUCUGCGAGCCCAAACAUGCAUAUUGUGUGUCUGCUAUGAGCAUUAUCACAACCUAACCUUUAAUUUCCUCAUUCAUUUUUAACUUCAUUUCCUCAGCUUAAACACUUCAAUAGUAAGGUCAUACCUCAUGCAUGCUCUCGUUGUCAAUGCAAUCCAGUGAUGUUGAGUUGAAAGUGUCUGAUAGAGUUGAGAUAUGUGGCUGGCAACCUGGUGAAAGGUAACUGGCGUGGAAGGAGAAGGACUCCCCUGGCAUUACCCCUAAAGAAGGCAAAGCUGACAAGUCCUGAAAACCCUUUUUUUGGUACUGUAAGCUCAGUUCAGCACAGAGGAUCUGACUCUAUACAGUCUUACUGUUUGAAAAGAAAAGGUGGUGACAUGUAUGUUCAGAGCAUUUCACAUUAAACUAGAGAAGAGGAACAAAAGAUAGUGCUUUGAUCAAAUGAAAUCAUGAAAAGAUUAUUUUAAUACAGGGUUUUAUGUUGAAGAGGUGUUGUAAUUUUUAGCUAUUUUUGGUAUGAAGAUAUAUAUUAGGUACUACAGUGGAUUUUACUGCUAGUUUUAGGUGGUGGAAGAGGACAGUGUGCACAGAACAUCGGGGCACUUUUGGUCAGUGUGCACGGUGUUUUGGGGCGUUUUUUUAAUGCCCUCAUCCCCCCGUCCCACAAUAUACACUUGUACCUCUGAAAUGGCCUGUGUCAGUAUAAAUGGACUCAUCCUGAACCAUUUGAUCUACCUAUCCUCAUCCUCACGUUUUCAUCAUUUCGACUCGAGGUGGAAUGUUGAAGUAUUGUCGCAAGUGCUACCAAAAUUAAUGCAACAUAUGGUGCCUGAUCUUUUUUUUAUUUUAUUUUUUUUAACCUUGGUACAUUAUUAGCAACUUGGUAAGGUGAAAAAAAAAGAAUGUAGAUGUUGAUGAUUUGUAUCUUCUCAGAUUCCCUGAAGGGUGUUUGAGUUAAUUGUUACCAGCUGACAAGCACAACAUAAAAUUUUCUAUGUCCUCUAAUUUGAUAAUCGGGGCUGUAAGUUGCAUUACUUAGCCAUUUCAUCUCUAAAAUGUUGCUGCCUCAUGUACCUUUUGUACAGUAACGUAUGCAUGUAUUUUAAUGUCAUUGCAAACAUGCUUUUAGUACUGACAUUGACUAUCCAAAAUACAGUAUUCAGAAGGUUUCGAUAUGCAAAAUUUGGUUAAAAAAAAAAACUCAAAGUAUUUGAAUUGGUACCAGGUUUGAGGGCUUUAAAUAUGCAUUUUAUUAAAAUUGAAAAAAGGAUUUGCCUAUUUCAUAUUUGUCUGCAGGUCUCAAUUUACAACUGGCUGCAGUUGUAGACAGAUGGUAAAUAGUGGACAAACCUGUUCGCCUCUUGUUUGGCUUUGAGAUUAAGAAAAAGUGAUGUUUCCAAUGAACAAAUGUGGAAUAAAUCAACAAGGACAGCAAUAUUAGGAAUCUGACUUUGAAGGAUUUGAUGAAACAUCUAUGCAACCUGUUAAACAUACUGAAGCCGUAAUUUAAAAUAAUAAAGCUGUGCUUCAGCAGCUUGAUUUGGCAUUAUAAACUGCAUGUAACUGGUUCAAUUCUCAUGAUUUUUUUUUUCCACCAACAUUUCUACAAGGGCUUGUGCAUGUGUUCGUGUCAUGUGGAAGAGCUGUGUCGAGUGUGAAGAAACCCAACUUUCUGAGAGUCAGAGGAAAUGUUUUGGGUGAUGAUGGUAAAUGUCUGUGCUUGCGGGCCAGGGCAGCAACAUUUCUCGGCUGGCAGGAGUUGGUCCAGCCGCUGGAUGAUGUUCAUUCGGUCUACAGUGCAACUCCAGUCCUAGUGACUUAUAAGUUCAGUUGGACAGGGGUUGAAACUUUUUCCCACUGCCUUUGGCCCACAAGAACAGAAAGGCCUUGCUUUCUAAGGAGAGAGUGAGUGACUUGACUGAAAAGAAUUUAAAAAUGUGUAAAUAAAGAGCAGCCGUUUUUAGAUGUCUCUAAAAGAGGCCGUAACAGUACACCAGAUUUUUACUUGUCAGAGUAUCUCCUAAAUGCUAUGGAAAGACGAGAUGAGAUAGAUGUUAAAUUGUAAGAGAAAAUGUAUAUUAAACAACAUUUCUUAGUCUUGUUGAAAUAAAGACUGCCAAUAUUUAAA